UUCAGUCUCUGUGUAGUUAACUUAAAGAGUUUGUGAUGUGAUGCCAUAUAAUUUAAAGCUGGCAACUUUUUUUACAGCUCAAUAAUGUAAGGGGUUAAAGAAUAUUACUUGAUACACACUUAACAUGUGUGCACUUUUGUGUACUUACACACACAUAUGUUGGUACACUCAUUAUUAGGAUAUUUAGGUAUAAUGUGUUAUGCUAAUGACAUUUUCUUGCCCCUUAAGUGCACAUCCCAGAAAACUUGACCAUUUUCAUCCACUAGAUGGCGCGAGCUGUAUUGUUCUUCCGUUUUUACCGGAAAGGGAGCCAUUUUGUGUACUUUCGGGAAAGAAAAGUGAAACCUGAUUUUGAGAUGCCUCGCACAAAGCAAACCCGGCGCUCCCAGGCCGCAAAGAAGAGGAUGGCAGACCGGAUGGCUGCUGAUCCUGAAGAGGCUCUGCCACCUCUUAAAAAAUUGGCAGAAGUAACAGAACGUUGUGUACAUCACAACGGGGCUAUAAAACUGGGUCAUAACAGUGGUCAUAACCGUGGUCAUAACCUUGGGCAAACAAGUGGUCAAACAAGUGGUCAAACAAGUGGUCAAACAAGUGGUCAAACAAGUGGUCAAACAACUGGUCUAAACAAUGAUGCUAAAAACACGGAUCAUAAUAGUACUGUUAACAUGACCAUGAAAGCUGUUUCUGAUUUGUGUCCACAGAAAUCGUACAUCAGUGGCUCUUUCCAUCAAGGAGAUUACCGUUUUGGCCGGAAUAGGGGAAGUCAAUGUGGUGCAAACUGUUUAACUGCAAUUGUGAUGUGUAAGAUGAAAAAUGUGUUGCAGUGGACGAGAAGUGACCUGGAUGCUGUUUUGAUCCAUGGAGAUGACCUGUACAGUGCCAUGAGAGACGCAGGGAAAAUCAACGAUCCUGAAUCCGGCUUCAUAGCUGUUCAUGAGCUACCAGACACACACACACUUAAAGAUUGUCGGUUUUCAAUAAACUAUGGUGAAACAUUGACUGGCUUGUUUGGUAUCAAUAAAUAUGAUGGGGAACUACAAGGGUAUGCUAUGUCUUUUGAUGAAGCAGUAAAUCGAGCAUUCCAGACGUUUGAUGCUGUUUUAGUGAAUAUUAAGCUAGCCAUAUGUGCAGCUGUCAGAGAAGGUUCCUGGUAUGCAGUGAUUGAUCCACAUUCAAGACAAGGUGAUGGCAGAUGUGUAGCUGACGGUAAGAGUGUAGUGGUUUACCAUCGUGACUUGCACUCGCUGAUUGUUCAUUUCCGGAAACUUGCCGCGUCUAUAAAUGCACGUUAUCAGGAGUUUGAGGUAACUGGGGUCAAUGCGGUUAUGACUGGCGGAAAACGUCCAUUUUGGCAAGUGAUAGAGAACGCUGGUCCAGCAGAAAAUGAGCGUGAAGGUGAUGUUAAGUGCAGUCAAUCUCCGGGUGAUUUCAUGGACGUAGAUGAAACAUCUGUGAAAGAAACUUGUGCACGACAGAGACCAAAAACACCAUACCCAUCUGAUGAAAACGAAGGUGAUGUUGAAUUUAUUUCACAAGCUGCUAGUGCUUCUUUACAGUUUAGUCCAUUAACACAUGAGAAGCAAAGGGCUGUUUGCUUAAAGCUAAACAUUGCAAACAUUGUAAAACAACAAAACAAUCCACCUGAGACUCUUGAAGUGGUUGAGCCUUGUGAAACGAACAAGACUGUUGCAGAUGGAAACUCUUUUUUUAGAGCUUUAGCCUUUGCUGUAAGUGGAUCAGAACGAGAACACAGAAAACUGAGACGGGCUGUCGUUACACACAUACUGCAGAAUGAAGAAAAGUACCUACAGUAUCUCAGACAAGGAUACAGCUCUGUACCAGACUACAUUGCCAAAACAAGAAUGAAAUUCGUUGGAAAUCGGGCAACAGAGAUGGAAAUACAAGCAGCCAACACAGCUGUCAACACCAUGGAAUUUAUUUGA